CUUUGUAAGAGAGAGAAAUACAGUACUGUGUUUGUGUGUGUGUGUGUUUUUUUGGUUAGAAAAAGAAAGGAAAUAUUCUCUUUUGCUUUCAUAGUCUUUUUUUGGUGUUUUCUUUUAUAAUCAAACAAACCCCUUUUCUCUCCUCUCUUCAGAAAUCUUAGCUUUAAGCAAAGCCAAGAAGUGAGCAAAGCCAAGAAAAAUACUUCACACAAGUUUGAAAAAAAAAAAAAAAGGGUCUUUAAGGUUCUUGUUUUUUACUAGGUGUUUCAAGAUUCAAAAAGUUUGUGUUUUUAUUGUGUAUAUGUGUGGUUUAUUCUUUGUUCUUUUGGAACAAUCUGAAUAAACUUCUGAGAUUUGAGAAUACUACCAAGUUUUUUUUAUCUGUUUGUAGUUGGAAAAAUUAAAACUCUUUGAGAGUUAGCUUUGUUUUCUAGCACUCCACACAACCAAAACAAAAACCCCAUAUUAUCAAAUGAUGUCUGGAGAUUUGUUUUCAAUUCAUCCUCAACAACAACAACAACAACAGCAGCAGCAAGUACUUGAACCAAACCCUAACCCUAAAGCUAAUGCUUCUUCCAAGAAAAGAAGAAAUCUUCCAGGUACACCAGAUCCAGAUGCUGAAGUUAUUGCACUUUCACCCAAAACACUUAUGGCUACAAACAGAUUCAUAUGUGAAAUCUGCAACAAAGGUUUUCAAAGGGACCAAAACUUGCAACUUCAUAGAAGAGGACACAAUCUUCCAUGGAAGUUAAAGCAAAGGAACAAACUAGAAAUAGUUAAGAAGAAAGUAUACAUAUGUCCAGAAAAAACUUGUGUUCAUCAUGAUCCUUCUAGAGCACUUGGUGACCUUACUGGUAUAAAGAAACAUUUUAGUAGAAAACAUGGUGAGAAAAAAUGGAAGUGUGAGAAAUGUUCAAAGAAAUAUGCAGUUCAGUCUGAUUGGAAAGCUCAUACAAAGACUUGUGGGACUAGAGAGUAUAAAUGUGACUGUGGAACUCUCUUUUCCAGGAAAGAUAGUUUCAUUACACAUAGAGCUUUUUGUGAUGCUUUAGCUGAAGAGAGUGCAAGAAUCACUUCAGUGGGAACUACUAACAAUUUGAACUUCAACCAGCAAUUACAACCCAAUUUGCCUAGUGGAAUUUCCCAAAUUGGGACAAGUUUUUCACAAGAUUUUAGUGGGAAUAAUUCUAUGCAUCCUCAACAGCAAAAACCAAGAUUAUCACUUUGGUUAAAUCAUCAAGCUAAUCAACUUCAUAACAAUAUGUCAGCAACAAGUUCAAAUCUUUUUGGUUCUCCCAGUUCAACUGCAUUACCAGAUCAUCAAAUCUCAAGUGUCUUUGGUGCAUCAUCAAUUGGUAACCAAAUGCCUUGGACAUCAUCAAUUGACAAGAAUACCCCUGCACCAUCAAAUUCCUCAACUUUAUCUUCUAUGUACUCUGAUAAUAAUAACCAAAAUAACCAACCAAAAUCUUCAACACCAAUGUCAGCUACAGCCCUUUUACAAAAAGCAGCACAAAUGGGCUCAACCAAAAGCAGCCCAAAUUUCUUUACCAACACUUUUGGUGUAAUGAACUCUACUUCAUCAACUUCACCCUCAUCAAACACACAAAUGUUCAACACUAUGACCCAAAAUUACAACCAGCAAACAGACAAUGGGCUUAAUGGGUGUCCAAAUAUGAGUUCAAAUAAUGCUAAUUCUAAGGCAAUCAAUAUGGAUGGUGCAUUUGGAAUGCAUACUCAAGGUGUUCAUUUCAACUUGGAUAAUAGUCUUACUAGAGAUUUUUUGGGCAUGGGAAAUGAAGGGGGUGGGCCAUUUUUGUCACAAGAGUUAGCUAAGUUUGCUUCAAUGAGUUCAGCUAUGGGAUUAAGCCAUUACAGUAGUGGUGGUCACUAGCAAGCAAUAUGUCUUUUCAUUUAUCUUUUUGUAUCACAAAAAUACAAUAAUGUAAAAUUUGAAUCUUAUCUUGUUAUCAAGCUGGCAUUUCAUUUUCA